AUGGAACAAGGUCAACCCGCCACUCCCUUUGCAGGGCUGGCCAGUGGUGUUGCUGCCACGGUUACCAACAUCUUAGGCCGCCUUGAUAUCGGGGGAAACGACAGGAAAGUGCGAUCUGACCUGCCCCCAAACACCGUCUUCCUCAACGUGUAUGAUAUAACGGUAGCCAACCGUAUACUCUACUACACCGGAGCGGGUGUCCACCACACCGGCGUUGAAUUGUACGGGAUGGAAUUUGCUUUCGGCCGCUGCGAAGAAGAUACAGGCGUGUUCCAAGUGGAGCCAAAAAACACGCCUCCGCAUACCUUCCGCGAGCAGUUGGUGUUGGGCACGACUCAGCUAACGCGCGGGGAAGUGCUUGGCUUAGUGCAGGAGAUGAAAGGAAACAGAGAGCGGUGGUCCGGUCGAUCUUACCACAUUGUGAAGAACAACUGUAACUCUUUUUCAGAGGCGUUUGCCAAGCGGCUGCUUCCCCCCGACGUGCGAUACGAUCAGCACCAGGCAAGAGAAAAGAAGGACGGAUCAAGUAGCGUUGUGGAGGUAUACGAUAACGGUGAACGCGAGGUGGUGCGGCUCUCAGGCGGUCAGUCAGUCGAGGUACCCGUCCUGAUGCCCAGUUGGGUCAACCGGCUCGCAAAUACGGCUGAACGUAUUCUUGGCGAAGAUUUGGUCCAGAAGAUCGACGAUAUAGACAGAAAGGCAGUACGGUGA